UUACUUCAGUCUACUUUGAGGGGUCUGCAGACUGGAAAAGAAUAAAAGUUUUAGAAAUACAAACACAUUUACCAUUAAAGUUAUGAACUGAUGGGGACUGUUCCUUCUUUGCCUGGUGGUCUGAGAAUGAGGAUCCAUGACCUGCACGUUGUCCCUCUGCAGGCUUUCAGCCGACAGCAAUUGGAGCACUUCCCCUUUAAGAAAGUGACAGUGAGCAGCGGUGGAGGAGCUGCUGGUCAGGAACUGGCCGGGAGGAGCGGACGGCUGUGGAGGAAUCCCAAAAACUUUUUUUCCCCCCCAACACACUGUGGUCCGCUCGCUGCUUUUAACUUCGCCUCAAGCUCGUCCAGGAAUUUACAAAUAAUAAUAACAGUAAUAAAAUAAAGGCGACGUGGCUUCACUUGAGCGUGUCGGUGAUGAAGUGGAUGCUCGGAAGAAAAGGAAAACUUGCGAGAGGAAGGAAAAAAAAACCAAACAAACUCGCGGAGUGAUGCCCGUGCGACUGCAUCCCUCACUCCCUCCAAAGUUCAGCUAAGGUGGCUAACGUUAGCUUAGCGCGGGAGUCAGCUCGUAAAAAAAAACAAACUUUGGAUAAACUUUUAACACACAUGUCAAAACGAGUAGUAACAAGUCGCCCCGUGUAGCGCGGGGGUUACUUCACGCUCGUCCCUCGGCUUGUUAGCCCCUCAGCCCGGACCGGGUUUUUCCAGCAUCAAGCUAACCAUCUUUAGCCCUAACUGGAGCUAGCUCGACAAGGCUAGCCGUCUCGUGUCAAGUGGAGUCAAGUUAACGGUAACUAACUCUCAGGGGAGAGACUGUCAUGACAACGGCUAACGGCUCUGCUCCAGCGUUCUAAAGGUCUGUCCGGAAACUGAAGUUUAUACUGAAGUUAUACAUGGACGAACUGGAGUAGUGUGAACACUUGUUGGAUGAUGCCACUGGAGAUGUGAGGUGAUGAGGAAAAAGGGAGUGAUGACCCAGUGGUCACAUCCACUUGCCUCUUUGAUCGAGUCUUUCUGGAGACUUCCUGCAUUACCCCAGUCGCCUCCACAUCCAGAGGGGCCCGGCGUCUUGGAUGAAGCGGAAGGUGUUGUAAUGAAGGUGACCGUGACAUUUGGGCAGACAGGUGUGGUGGUGCCCUGCAAGGAGGGCUGGACCGUGAGGGACCUCAUCCAGCAAGCCACGCAGAGAUACAGAAAACUCCUGGAGCAGGAAGGAGAUUUUCUGGUUCGGACUCAUCAUGUUGAAUAUUGUGAUGGGGGUAUUCUGGACCCAGAUGACAUACUCAGUGAUCUGGUGGAGGACAAGGACAAGCUGAUGGCGGUGUAUGAGGAACAGGAAGCCCAGCAAAGGGGCGUGGCUAACACAAGCCUAGCCCCCAGCCCAGACAUCUACCAGUCUGAGCUCUCUGUCUUCCAGCCAAUCACAGGAGGCGAGAUUGAAGUCAAUUCCUCAGCCCUCAAAUCCAACACCCCCCUGUUGGUGAGAAGCAGCAGUGACUCUGCCCUCGGCCCCCAGCCAACAGAGACCGAACCCUCCCUCAAUGAGGACACCGCCGUGAUGGCAGCCAGUCCCGCUGUGGCGAGGCCAGCAGGGGUAGACCUAACCCAAAUCAAACACACCUUCGCUGGCAGCCUGACGAGAACAGUGGAGAUUGCGGGAGAGGACAGUCCUCUGGGAAUCCACGUGGUCCCUUACUGCUCAUCACUCAGUGGACGGGCCCUCGGUCUGUACAUUCGAGGAGUGGAGGAGGAGAGUCGCUCCCGGAAGGAGGGCUUGUUCCAAGAAGAUGAGUGCAUCGUCAUGAUCAACAACACUGAACUCAUGGACAAGACAUUUAGCCAAGCCCAGGAAGUGUUCCGUCAGGCAAUGCGUUUCCCACUUGUCCGUUUGGAAGUAGUUCCCUCCUCCAACAGAGAACGCUACGAGAAGAGUUUGAUUGGUCAGCUGUUUGGCAACGGUGCCGGUCCCGACAGCAGCCCCAGAGUUGCCAAAUCCAAAGAGCCCCCUCCGCCUGUCAAAGCCAAACCCGUGUUUAAGCCUUCAGAGAAUCCAGCCACGCGAUUGGCAGAGGAAGCUGUCUCUAUGGAAGCUGCUGUUAGCACACCCAAGGGAAGAAGUGAGAGUCCCCUUCUGAAGAAAAGUCCAGGCCUCUCCAGCUUGGUGGCCAAUAAGAAAGGAGGACGGAGGCUAAGAAUCGAUCUAAAGAAAGGUUCAGAGGGUCUUGGUUUUACUGUAGUAACCAGAGAUUCUUCAGUCCACGGUCCCGGUCCCAUUCUUGUCAAAAACAUUCUGCCACGUGGAGCCGCUGUCAAAGAUGGACGCCUGCAGUCUGGAGACCGCAUACUUGAGGUCAACGGUGUGGAUAUCACGGGUGUGGGCCAAGAAGAGUUGGUGUGUAUGCUGCGCAGCACGCGACAGGGAGAGAAUGUGUGUCUUGUGGUUCUACGGCAGGAAGACAUGUUCCUACCCCGAGAGAUGAAGGACGAGGUGCCCCGCGGGCCAGUCUUUGUGUCUGAGAAUGGGAAGGAGCAGCUUAUGUUCGAGGUGCCGCUUAAUGACAGCGGCUCUGCGGGGCUCGGCAUCAGCCUCAAAGGAAACAAAUCCAGGGAGACGGGAGAGGACCUGGGGAUCUUCAUCAAAUCCAUCAUACAUGGAGGUGCUGCAUACAAGGAUGGGCGUCUGCGUGUCAAUGACCAGCUGGUGGCGGUUAACGGAGAGUCGCUGGUUGGAUGCUCCAAUCAUGUGGCCAUGGAGACUCUCCGUCGCUCUAUGUCACAGGAGGGGAACGUACGAGGAAUGAUCCAACUAGUGGUGCUAAGAAUUCUCAAGGAUCAACAUGGGGUGUCACCCAAUCGCUCAUUUGACGGCUCCUCUGGCCUGUCAGGAAUGGGGAGCCCAGUGAACGGACCGACAGGAUUGGUCAGUCCGACAAACGGCUCUGUGCAUCCUCCCAUGGUGAACAACAAUCUCUAUGCAUUUAAUGUGACCAAUGGGAGCUAUUCUCACAUGGACGAGGAAGAGGAUGGGGAGCUGUACGGACAUGAAGCGGACUUCAGCAGCUCGACCCAACACUCCUAUCUACAGGAAAGGGAAACCUCUCACAUCUCUAACCCAGCUCAGCCACAGUCUCCCACCCAGAGCCAGAGCCAGAACCAGCGGCAGUUCCAGCAUGUUAAAGCCUCGAAGAGCAUGGACCUGGGUACGACUCAGAACCAGCAGCACACUGUGGCAGAUGAGAGCAAUGUUGGAUCGCUGGCUGGAACCACUGCAGCUCCAUCAACUCCUGUAGAACUUGGACCUACUCUGGGCUUGAAGAAGUCCAGUUCCUUGGAGAGUCUCCAGACGGCCAUGUCUGAGGUGAACAGGAAAAACGAAUUCCUCCCAUUCCACCGACCUCGCCAGAAUAUGGUCAGGGGGAGAGGCUGCAACGAGAGCUUCAGAGCAGCUAUUGAUAAAUCCUACGACGGGCCAGCUGAAGAUGACGAUGAUGACGGCUCGGAGCUGAGUUCAGGAAGGGACACCCCUGCAAGUAAUUCAUCGCGCCAGGGAGCGGGGGAUCGCACUGAGGAGAAAGGCAAAAAAGACAAGAAAAAGAAAGCCAAAACAAAGAAGAAGGAAAAGAACAAGGGGAAGGCGAAAGAGAAGGAUAAGGAGAAGGAGAAAAAGAAAACAGAGGAGCCUGAGGAGACGGAGAAGAAGAGCAAGAAAAUAGGCUUUGGCCUGCUGAGAUUCGGGAAGAAAAAAGAGGAGAAAAAGGAGGCGAAAGCAGCUCUGCAGCGACAGAAGUCAGAAAUUCUGAGUGAUCACGAGUUGGAGAGGAUGAAAGAUGAGCGUGAAAGAAUCGAGGCAGGGCACCCUGAGCUGAGAGACGUUCGGCAGCAAGUUGGCAGUGGGCAGGCAUAUCCAGAUGUUGAGGAUGACGACGCAGACCCCAAUUAUGCCCGAAUACAAUCGUUCAGGGACAGAAACAUGCCUUCAAUGCCUCAGUCGCCUCCCUACAGUACAAUUCAGCACGCACAUGCCCGCACACCUUCCCCCCAAGGCCCUUCUGCCUUCCCAGGACAUGCUAACAGCCCAGCAGCCACACCUGAUGAUGAUCCCCUUGAUAGGCUGUAUGCCAAGGUCAAUAAACCAAGGGGAGCUGGAACUGCUUCGCCUCCUGUCCCUGCUCCUCCCAAUGACAGUAUUGACAGGAUCCAGCAGCUAAGAAGAGAAUAUCAGCAGGCAAGGAGAGAAGGAAUUGUGCCGCCUUAUGAAGAACUGGACCCACGACGCAGAGGACAUGAAAACGACACUCACAGGAUGCCGGGCAGAGGGGCAGAUCAUCGGAUGGCACCGCGUUAUGAAGAGGUGGAGCGUCAGUACGCCUCCCUGCCAAGACGAGGUCCAAUGGAUCCGGCUGACUACCCCAUGCAGCCCUGGUCAGGUCAUUACCCCGGACCUCCCCAGCCCCCACAGGGGUACCCUCAAUCCCCGUCCUACCCGAACCCCAACUCCCAGUCUGGACCGUCUUACUCUGGAUACCCACCCAGCCAACCGUACUCACGGCCAGGUGACCCGCGGGGCGUCGACCCUGGGUACUACCCCCACCCCAGCUCCCAGCAGAGAGGCCCCCUGCGGCAGGAUGUGCCCCCCUCUCCCACCCCUCCCCUUCGUGGACUACGGUACGACACUAUGACGCGUGGAGCCGGGGGUGGAGCUUACAGGUAGGGCCGAUUUGUGGAUGAAGAUUAUCCCAGGCACCACGUGGAUUCCGGUCCAGAACAAUACGGCUAUCCUGGGGAGGGAGGAAGACAGCAUCAGCAACACCAAACCAACCCGAGACAGAAGAACGCCAUGACUGCAGCUGUGUAGACGAACCAGGUCCAGAAAUGAAAAACGAGCAGAAAGCCAACUGCUUUGUGUCGUGCAGCUCUCGGUACUCCUGUGAUACAGAGUUGAAGCCACUUUAAUGUUGUGAUUUCAAUCACCGUCAUUAUCAAACAUUGUCUUGGCUGUUUGAAGUAUAUGGUAAUACACAGACAAGCAAGGUAAAGGAGGUUAAUUAUAGAGUCGCCCGUGUGUGAUGCAUAAUGUCUCAUUGUUUGAAGUCACUUAAAUUGCUUUGAGUCUUCCAGGAGUAUAAAAUUAGCAGGAUUUGGUCUUUUCGCGAUAGUCUGAUUAAGUCUUCUCUUUCAACAAGCAGUCCGAGCCACAAAGGUAAUUGGAUCCAUUUAAAUUAAGAUGUACGUACAGCUCGAUGCUGCCUCACAUCGCACCCGACAGUUUCACUUCUAAAAACGUGCCAAACAGCUGAUUAGCAAACAUCAUUGUAAUGUUUUUAGUCUCCUUUUGAGGGCAACUUGUAAAACAUCAAGAUGUUCCUGCGAUCCAAACCUGUGAGAACAAAUAACUCUGAAGACAUCAUCAUAAUUCUGCUGUCACAAGGCAGCAUAUGCAUACAUGCCAUGUUAUGUAUUUUAAAUUUGAAAGACAGUUACAUUGUUAUGAAGUGAAGUGCAUUUUGAUUCCUUUUGUCUCAAUUUUCCAAACAGGGAGAACGCCACUAGACCAAUCUUUAUAAAAAUACGACAAAUAUA